AUGGCGGCGCCCCGACGGCGCACGUCGGCGGAGCUCCAAGUGAACGGCGGCCUAAUGCCGCCGUCGGCGCACGUGAUCGCCUCUCCCCGAGGCAGCGGCAGCGGUGGCGCGCCCUGCCGAGAGGAACACGCUGUGACCGCGAACGGCGGCGGCCCGGCGCUCCGGGGAGCGAAGCCAAGAGGCGGCGGCAGCGUAUGCUCCGCCACCAAGACCUCCGACAGGAGGCGGCCGGCGGGGCGCAUGCCACUAUGGCGAGUCUUCAUCUUUGCGUCUGUCGCAUUGAAUGUCGCCGCACUCCCGCUCCUACUCCACCAGUACAUCGUCAGCCACCCGCACCACCCCGGUGUCAUCUCUCCUGAUCAGCAACAUCACGCCUGCGCCCCGCCGCCGGGCACGAGCGGCGCGGCGGCGAGGGCGCCGUCGACCGGGAAGCCUUCAGUAACCUCCGAUUCUGUUAUUAAUCUAGACCACGGGGACCCGACCAUGUUUGAGGCCUUCUGGCGGGAGACCGGCGACGCGGCGGAGCUCGUAAUCCCGGGGUGGCAGACGAUGUCCUACUUUUCAGACGUUGGCAACGUAUGCUGGUUCAUGGAGCCUCUGUUCGACCAGCAGGUGCGGCGGCUCCACCGCACCGUCGGCAACGCCGCCGUGGACGGCUACCACGUCCUCGUCGGCACCGGAUCCACGCAGCUCUUCAUGGCGGCGCUCUACGCCCUGUCGCCCGCCGACGCCGCCGAGCCCACCAGCGUCGUCUCCACGGCGCCCUACUACUCGUCGUACCCUGCCGUCACGGACUUCCUCCGGUCCGGGCUCUUCCGCUGGGCCGGCGACGCAAACUCGUUCGUGGGCGACGCCUACAUCGAGCUGGUCUGCUCCCCGAACAACCCCGACGGCGCCAUCCGCGACGCCGUGCUCAGCUCCGGCGCCGGGAAGGCCGUCCAUGACCUCGCCUACUACUGGCCGCAGUACACGCCCAUCACCCGACGGGCCGACCACGACAUCAUGCUCUUCACCGUGUCCAAGAGCACGGGCCACGCCGGCACGAGGAUCGGGUGGGCGCUGGUGAAGGACCGGGAGGUGGCGCGGCGGAUGACCAAGUUCGUGGAGCUCAACACCAUCGGCGUGUCCAAGGACUCGCAGCUGCGCGCCGCCAAGGUGCUCAGCGCGGUCUCCGACGGCUACGUCGACGGCGACGCCUCGCGCCACCGGCUGUUCGACUUCGGGCGGCGCAAGAUGGUGGAGCGCUGGAGGAUGCUGCGCGAGGCCGCCGCCGCCUCCGGCAUCUUCAGCCUGCCCGCCGAGACCUCCGGCCGCUGCAACUUCGCCAACGAGACGGCCGCCAAUAACCCUGCGUUCGCGUGGCUGCGGUGCGACAGGGAGGACGUGGAGGACUGCGCGGGGUUCCUCCGCGGGCACAAGAUCCUGACGAGGAGCGGGAACCAGUUCGGCGCGGACCCCAGGUACGUUCGGGUGAGCAUGCUCGACAGGGACGACGCAUACGACAUCUUCAUCAGGCGCCUCGCCUCUCUCAAAUGA